UAGGUCAUCCAUGGUGCGUUAUUAACUGCAUCUCUUGCCACCCAGGUGUUGAGGACACAUCUGCCGGAGCACAUGAGCGAGGCUGGUUUGCAGAACUGGGAGACGGUGUCAUCUGUGGAUCUGUUUGGCUGCUACGCAAACUGAAGUGGAUCCAGAGAUUCAGGAAUGGAGGAACAGGUCCAGCUUUGGUGUAUGUAAAAUUUGGAUGAUGAGCCCCUUGAUGUUGACUGUUAAAUAGCCAGCACUGGACAAGCAGAGGACUAAAUGAACAUGGCAGUCUUCAAGCCAGAAAAUGUGGAGGACUUCUAUGAGAUCAGGGAAGUUCUGGGAAGUGGGCAUUUUGGUCAGGUUCGACGGGUUUGUGAGCGGACCUCUGGGACUUGUUGGGCAGCCAAAUUCAUGAAGCUUCGUAAGAACGCGUGCAGCCGUCUAGGCCUGGAGAGGAGCAGUGUGGAGCGAGAGGUGGAGAUCCUCCAGGCUGUGCAACAUCCACACAUCGUGACUCUUAAGGAUGUUUUUGAGAGCCGAGCAGAGGUGGUGCUCAUUCUGGAGCUGGUUAAUGGAGGGGAGCUGUUUGACUUCAUUGCUGAGAAGGAGAACCUGUUGGAGAGUGAAGCCAUUGAGUUCAUGAAGCAGAUACUGGCAGGACUGGGAUUCAUGCACAGCAAGAACAUUGCCCAUUUUGAUCUGAAGCCAGAAAACAUCAUGCUUUCAGACAAAGUGUCAGCACAUCCUACCGUCAAGCUCAUCGACUUUGGCCUAGCCUACUUUUUCAAUCAGGGGGAGGAGUACAGGAGUACAAGUGGAACACCACAAUACAUUGCCCCUGAGGUAAUCAACUGUGAACCUCUGAGUACAGCAGCAGAUAUGUGGAGCAUCGGCGUAAUUACCUACAUAUUAUUGAGUGGUUUGUCACCAUUCCAGGGUGAGACUAAGGAAGAAACCUUGGGGAAUAUCAUUGCCAUGCAGUAUGACUUUGAUGAACGAUAUUUCAGCACGACCAGCUCGAUGGCGAAAGAUUUCAUCGAGAAACUCUUGGUGAAAAACCCCAAUGACAGAAUGACAACUGAGGAUUGUCUACGUCAUCCAUGGAUUAAGCCCAUCACACGCAAACAGGUGGCCAAUAGGAAUCGAUCCUCAAUCAACAUGAAGACCUUUAAGAAGUUCAACGCCAGAAGGAAAUGGAAAAUGUCCUUUACCAUGGUGUCGUUAUGUAACCGACUGGUAAAUUUGAAACUGUGUAAGGUCAACCCAGAAGAAGAUCCUCUGCAGAGACAAUGUGAAAGUGAUGUGGAGGACACAGAGAGCAAGCCUGCCUCUCUGCUGCGUCGAAGACUCAGCAGCAGCUCAUAGAAUCGGAACCGACACUGCCUGGUCUGAGCAGCUUUUUUCGAUGAAAGAUCUUUAGAAGAUGUUGGUGGUGGAAUCUUUGGAUGGUUUGGUGUUUGGGACACUUCUUUUAAAUGGAAGAGUGUACUUGGAUGGGCAAUGAUUUGGGAAAACUCUGGAUAGAACUAUAUUUCUUAAUAUUCUUUAUAUUCCCUGGUUUCAUUCUCGAUUGAAACUCAAAACUCAUUUUGUCUUUAUCUUUCAACCUUAAGUCAUGAAUUACUUUUUCAUUGACAGUGUUUUUAAUGUCACCCAAAUGCAAAUGCUUGAUUUGUUAUUGUUCUGUAAACUUUUAAAUACCGUCAGUCCAAAUAUAUUUUCAGCUGCUGUUAAGUUGUUUUUAAAAGCUACAAUUGGCAGCUUUAUGGAACAGAGGGGACACGCGCACACACAACAAUGUGAAAAUAUUACUCUCUUUCUGCAGUUCUGCCUCUGUCCUCACUCCUUCCUACCAGAAAAGCACAGAAAUAUUUAUAUGCUUCACACACUAACUUAGUUACCUGAAACCACAUUACUUUAAACAGCAACCUGUACAGUGUAGGCCUAGCAGUCAUUCAUUUUUAUUUAUCAUAUUGUAACUAUGAUACUGGUGUCAUUAUAUAGAGGCAACUCUGUGAGAACUACCAACUGGCUGAACUUUCCUGUUAUGGGUGGAAUUUUCUAAAGCUUUCAAACAGAGCCAUGAGGAGGUGCUAAGUCAAAUUUCCUUUCAGACCGAUUGAAUUACCAUACAGAUAACUUUUUCCAAUGAUGGGGAAAAGGUUCAGCCUAAAGUAAAGAUUUAAUCAUUGCACUUGCUAUCACUCCAAAUUUCCGAAUUGCUCUUAAUCCUCUAAUUCCCCUAUCAAUAAGUGACAGUCUCACCUCAAGGUCCUUGUGCAUGAGGUUGAAACUGCAUUACUCCUUCAUGAGUGCAUGCUAACCUUGGACUCAUGAGGACUGUUUUUCAUCACCACUGCACUUUUGUUGAAUAACCUUGCAGUCCAUGUGUUAUAUUUUGUAUUGCUGUUGGAUUUCAUAAGACUUAAAAGAGUCAGAGGUGUCUUGAAAUUCUGCUAAAGCUCUCAUGUAGUCUCUUUCCUUUUCAGUGAUAUGUGCUGAGUACAACCUGUAUUGGUCUGUGAACCACUGAAUUGUUCAGAUUAUCUCUGAUUCAGUUGAUUUGCACUGGGUCAUAGUUUGAUGCUGGAGUAGGAUAAGAUGAGCUUUUCAUUAGUUUCAAAGAAAUGAGAUGCUAGAGAGGUAACUGAGGCAUUUCUAUCUUGAAAACAGGGAUAUUUAUUCUUCUGUGGCUUUGUAAACAAACUUAGUUUUUUCUUCAUCAAUCAGUUGAAUUAAAAAAGAGACACGACCUUCAAGUGAAGGCAAAUUGAUACCAAAGCAUUCCAUUAAAUGAAUCACAAUAUCAAUUUCAUUAGAUACGAUAUGCUAUUUAUUUGUAAGUCUAGUUAACCAUUCCAUCUAUACCUACAGCCAGAAUUACCCAAACAAUAACUAAAGAGACUACAGAGCACCACAUUUCUCACAUUUACAUAAGAAUAUAUAUAUAUAUAUAUAUAUAUAUAUAUAUAUAUAUAUACACAUAUAUAUAUAUAUAUAAAUCAGUUAAGCAAUCUUUCUUUGAUGAAUUAUUAUGAAAUUAACACAGAAAAGUUUCAACAAAAGAAUUUCUGUUAGUUAGAGCCAACUUACUAAUAGCUAAAAAGGUUACUACUCUACUUAUACUUCUAAGUGCAUAUGCAGUGCAGUCUUCUAGGAUCAGAGGGUAGCUAUCCAUCUCGCUGUCUCUGGAUCUACAGAAGAAAGAUAUCGGCCCACAUGCUUUUCGAAUCCACAUAAAAAUGAGAAAUUCCAGGACAAAGCAGAUGUAAAGAAAUUCAUUUGUUCCUAGGGCAUGUUAUGCAACUAAAAUACUUUAAGUUCUUUGCGUCAUGAUGUUAAUUCAAUGGCUUGCCUUAUAUAAAAGCUUAAUAUCGAAUCUGUGGGAUAUGCAAUUUCUAAUCCACAUUGUAAAUACCACAGGGUGCUCCACAAAUUCAUUUGCGCAUUUGUGUCAUUGAUGUAUGCACAAACCUGUUCAGCUGUAUGUUACUAAAAACACUGAAUGAAGCUGUGUAGUUACAGUAUCACACACUGUAUGCAUUUCAUUGCCAUGGGAACCCCACAUGUAUUUAGUUGGUGACGCAGAAAUCAAAUAAAUGUUUAAGUUUGCUGUCAGGUCUGUUUACAUGCUUGUACUGCAACUGAUAGAACAGAGUUUAGAAGAUUUGGUCACAAGUUAAAGUGAUAUCCUGCAUAAUGGGACAGUGUCAGACCUAAAUCCACUGAAAUACAAUAUUAUAUUGUGUUUAAAUAUAUGAAGUUUAAAGAUAUGAACUUUAAUGUGCAGCUGUCAGUUAGAAAUAAUCAGCUGCAUUGAUCAGUAAAAUUAAUACAUUAACACAGAGUUAAAAGUUGUUGUUUUUCCUGUCUAGCAUUCCUGUCUUACAUCCAACAGUACUUUUUGUUCACAACUUUAACUUCCAGUUUUUGCUCUUUCAUUUUGGAUUUAUUUCAUUCUGUGUUAUUGACAGCAUUUUCUAACCUCCAUCCAAAUGAAAACAAUUUCUUCCA